AUGAAAUAUCUACUCAGCUUACUGCUUCUAUGUCUCAUAGAAUCUGUAUAUGGUCAGACAGUGAAUCCUAACCUUGCGAAUCCUAACCUUCAGCUGUUACAACAGUGUAAUUGUAUAGCCAAUCCUUCUGGCACUGGAUGCCUUAGUUAUGAUUCGCGUUUUCAAGCCGCUACUCUGGAAGAAGCUAUGGCAAGCUUUCCGGAUCUUACAUUUAGUGAUCCAAUGAACUCUUCCGACAAUGAAACUCUUGAAGAAAGAGCUACAUGUCAAACGGAGGAAUGUCUACGCUGUCAUGAAGAGCUCCUUCAGCAACUUAAAACAAUUGGAUUGGUCGACAGUACCAUAAAUAAUGUUUUCUCUACUCAACCAGACCUUUUAUCGACAAGUAUGUGUAACAAAUAUCACUUCAGUCGCAAAGAUGAAGGAACUUACUCUGAAUCCAAGAAAAGCAAAGAAGAAUCUUCUUCAAGCGAAGAAGAUGGAGAUAAGAAGAAGAAGAAGAGAGAAAAGGAAAAAGAAAAAGAAAAGGCUAAGCGUAGCAAAGAGCAGAAGCGUUCUCGUCGCCAAGCAACUUUCAACGCCGUUAAUGAUCCAACUGUUGUAGGACAACGAUUCACCAUUUCAUGCUCUGCUAAAGGUGUAUCUACUGAUGCCAGUGGUUUGGUUAGCUUGUGCUCCUCCUGCUGGGCCUGGAGAAAACUUCCAGAUAACUACACCCCACAGUUCAUCAAUGAGUUGGUGUGUGACAACGCAGACAAUGCCUGCUUGAGUGGGUAUGCAAGCUGCGGAGUUGGACAUCGUUCUGUUGAAGUUGUUCGUGAUGACAAUGGAGUCAAAACCACCAUUGUCUUGACGGCAGGCUCAUACUGUGAAUGUAAAGUAGCUCAUGGAAGUGUUUUGGAAUCUCUGGUUAGUGGAACAGGCUUGCAAUCACCUUUACCAGCUCAAGCCACGUCAUCAGCAAACGUCGUCUGA